ACCACAGCUUUUCGAAAUUAGUUCUAGUGAGUCUGUGAAAGUGUGAGCGACUGCGAGGCGCGAUCAAUUGGCAAACAACCGCAAGCGGAUCAACUGCUCCACACGCCACGCCACGCCACUCCGAAAAUCGCCUAAUAAAUAUACAUAUAAAAGCGGACUAGCCACCAACAACACAAAAACAUCCACAUCACGUGCAACAUGUCGCAUCAGUGCAGCUGCGGUCGCGACCUCAACAACAACUACGUCUCGUACACGAACGCCUACGCCAAUGCGAAUGCAUCUCUGGACCGCGAGGCGGCCACCAGCGGCAAGUCCGGCGGUCCGCCACGCGCCCAGCUGACGGCCAAGGUGAUGUUCGGCACGGUGGGCGCCAUCAAGGAACUGCGCGACAAGGAGCAGCAGCAGCAGCAGCAGCGGCAGGCGGCACGAGCGGGCGAGCGGCGCAACUGAAGGGAGCGCGCGGACGGGGGCUGGGCGGGACGGGGCGGGACGAACGGUCGCUGGAGCGGUCGAGUGCUGUGCUGUGGGUUGUCGGCGGGGGAUCUCUGGCUGAUCGGAGGAAGGAUAACACGGAGAUUUGGAUAAGACACAAAGAAUUCGCGCCACUUCAAGGAUCUAAAGAAUUCGCGUUCGGUGCGAUCAUCAAGAAUUCGCGUAACUCCCAAGAUUCCACUGGGUAAUCCAAAUAGUUCGAUUCGUUUGACCCGAAUGGGUGAUCCCCGGAUCACGUUAGAGGCUUCAAAGUGUUGGCAGGGGACAGGACAAUCUGUGUAACGACAUUCCUUCUCAACAAUAACUAUCCAAAAAAAGAAAAAAACAGAAAACAACAAAAAAAGCAAAAAAGAAAAAACGAGUACAUCACAUAUUUAUACACACAAUUUUUUUAGUCUGCCACACUAUCUCUAACUCUCUCCAUCUCCUAUAAGCUUCAGCAGAACUCUUUGAAUCAAUGUAAAUUGUUUAUUGCAUAUACAUAUUUAUAUACAUAUACACACAACAUAGUGCAAUACUUUAGCUAUACACGAAAACACAAAACACACGCCUAGCUGUAAGUUUGUUUUAUUUUGUAAGUGCACACGCAUACACUCACUCAUCUUACAAUGUUGUUUAAAUUUGUUUGUUGUUCACGAGCCCCGCGAUUUUUGGGCUGCCGCUAGUGAGUAGUCUGGACACUUCCAGGUGCUUCCAAGUGCCUCCAGAGGCCUCCAGGUGCAGCUCAAAACGCAGGGCACGUAGCCCACACACUACACACACCCCACACCAUGUAAACCAUAUAAACAUAACUAUGCCUAUGCGUAAUCCUUAAUACCAAUACCUUUACUAUUGUUACCACUCUAAUAAUCAUAUUGUAUGUGCCGCACGAGGAGAGGAAACUCAAAAGUGUGCCCCCAAAUGGGUGGAUGGUGUUUGCUCAAGUGAUUCGUACUAAAAUGGCAGCGAAAUGCGAUUAAUCGCAGUGUAAAGUGCUGUAAAUGGCGAAUGUUUCGACAAGAGAGACAAUUUAGUUUAGAGAGCGGAGCAUCUACAAUAUAUUUAUUAUACCUAUGAAAUAAUAUUAAACUGUAUGUCUACUUGUACGAGUACAUCUAUUUAUAGAGCUAAUCCCAACAAAGGCGAAUUCAAAUCGAACUUUUAAUAAAAACUGAAAAUGGAA